AUGGCAGGACGGCGUGCUGCCUGGCUCUUGCUAGUAGCUGUACUGGCAUGCACGACGCUUCGCCAGCUCGUUCAUGGAGCACCGGGGUUCGCCAUCAGCGAGAGGGAGAAGAUAAACUACUUGCAGUUGGCCACGAAUUUCUCGCUGCCUACCAACCUGACCACAGUCUCCUACUGCCUGCACUUCAAGCUGCUCUUCCUGGGAGACGAGGCAUCCAACAUCCUCUUCCUUUACCCCCUGAGCAUCGUCGUCGUCGCGUCUCAAGAGUUGUACUUCAGUGAAGGAAAAUCAUUGAUGUACAUGGUACUGGACUUUGAAGUAAAAAUGCGCGAGUGGGUGCACUUGUGCGUAUCAGUUUUUGGUGGCAGUAAAGUCUACAUAAACGGCGUGGAAAAACGUACGACGAUGAUCAAUAACUCGCCUAGUCCGAUGGAGAAGACAGAAAAAUAUGUGUUCUCGUUCUGCUCCAAUUACGAAGUCAAAUCCAGCAGUGACAUGGACUGCGGAGUACAAGUUUCCGUCCCCGUGGUACUCCCUAGACAAAUUUUCCUUGAGGAGGUAACACAGCUUGCACAGUGCCUGCCUCCCCCCACGGAUAACGUCGUGGCAGGGUUGGCGUGGCAGGAAACGCGAAAUUUGCUCGACCCAAAAAUUGUUUUGACCCGCGACGUGAAGCUGGACCCAGCGACCAACAACGGCCCCUGGGCGCCGCUGAACUCUUCAUACAGCAGCUCGCCCGCGCAGCCCGAGCCCGCUGUAAAAGUGUUGGACCUGGACCCGUGCGCCGCCCCAACCUCGGUGCUGCACUAUCUAGGCACAGGUGGCUUCACUUACGACGAGGCUGCCAGUUGGUGCAAGAAGUUCUCAGGCGUUUUACCAUCUGCCAACCACACCGAAAUGAAGAGCAUAUGGGACGCUCUGAUGGUGAAACGAUCCGACUUCCAAUUUUGGCUUAAAAACAAGUCCCAGAACAACAUCUGCUACCUUGCCGUGCAGUACGACAAUAGCAAAGACAGGCAGAUGGAGUUAGCCUGCAACAACACAAUGUCGAAGCUACUAGUGUGCGAGAUUCCGGAGAACGCUACAUUUUCCGCGCUUGGUGAAAAAAUGGACACUUUUGGCAAGUUUUACUUGGAUAGAGACGGUCUACAGAGUCUGUACCGUAGCCGGUACCGGGAUUCCAUCGCCCUAAACAGCGAGAACACCGAGUAUCAGGUCAAUAAGACCGGUAAACUGCUGUUCUCUGCACGCAAACCCGAGCAAGCACUGGAUGUUCCUAUGGGAUUGUUUCGGUCCCACAGGCCGGGUGCUCCGAAUGAUGAUCAGCCGAUUGUCAUCUCAGCGUGUGCUGAGGAAGAGUUCACGUGCAACAACGGCUCGUGUAUCCCUCUGGACCAGCAUUGCGACGGGCUGCAGCAGUGCCCCGACUUCGAGGACGAGAACUGCAAGCCGAACAUCUACCCGGUAGAGAAUUACGACAACACGCGCGCUAGUAACACAACACUCCCUAUCAAACUUGGUGUUAACAUCAGUUCCGUUUCCGAUGUGGAGAUUGGUAACGGUCGCAUCAAGAUCAAAAUAUAUAUCAAAACUUCUUGGAAAGACGAAAGGAUUGAAUUCGUCCAACUUCAGGAAGAAUUGGAGAGGAAUAUCAUUUCAGAAGACAUAUGGUACCCGAAAUACCACUUCGAAACUUUGGUAUUUGAGGACGAAAGGGAUUACUACCAGGGGAACAACAGCAUCUCGAGGCUCAUGGCAGCACGAGGCAACACUACAACCAUCAAGACCUACAAGACCCAGAGGAAGCGCCAAUACAAAGCCGAGAUUGUCCACAUUGAGAUCACUGCCUUCACUCUGCUCUGUGACUUCGACCUGGCGAUCUACCCUUUUGGCGUGCAUCCCUGCAUGUUCAAUAUCACCCUGGAUGACCAGAGUGACAAUGGUCCAUACUUCAACGUGUCCGCAACUCAGCUGGAGCUGAAGGAGCAGAGGAUGUCACUGUUCAUGGUGCAUCACAGCUGCUUCCAGGCACCGAACAGCUCCACGCCACGCACCAUCACCAUCACUGUACGAUAA